UGACUGGCUCGUUCAGGGCCUUCUGCUUAGUCGUUUGUCUACUGCUUAAGCCAGAGUGCGCGCGCGUGUUGCGGAAACAUCGAUACUGGAUUAGACGACGAACCCGUAAAAUGAGAAAAUUGUGAUGUGCCGCUUCUGGACGCACCAGUGACGAACCCAUGCCCCCAGCCCAGACAUAAUGCAAACAUCCACCGAACCCAACGUUUUGCCAGCGUGUGACGGCGCAGAGAUGUCGCCAAAACCGGCCGAAAUCAACUCCACGAUGCAGUUCAACCUAGCCACGGCGAUGCUGCAGGAAAACUUCCUGCAGCGCUCCAUCCAGAACGUCGCCCUCUCCCUGCAGAACGCCAUGAUGAACUCCCUGCAGCAGGCGGCACUGCUGCCCGCCAACUCGGCCGCCGCCGCCGCGCUCAACCUGCAGGCGCUGGAGUCGUACUUGACCCUGCAGCAGCUCACGACGGUGUCGGCGAACGUCAACAACAACUCUGGGCGGAUAGACAUCCUGAAGAUCGCCGCCAACACGGCGAAAAUCGCCGACGAACCCGUCGCUGAGGAGGCCGCCAAUACGAGCCUCACGGAGGACGUGGACCUCGCCGAAGAGGUCGAAGAGGACUUGGCGCUGUUGGAUAACGAUGACGCUCUUAAUAGUUUUCCGGUGUCUACGUCGCCGGUUGAUACGAGUUAUCCUAGUAUGAUCAUGAACUCAAUUUACCAAAACGGGUUGUCUACGACCUCCACGACGACUUCCGCGACGGCGACGUCAUCCACGACGGUUGUGGGGAGGCAGAAGGGGUCGACGCGGCCUAAGAAACAGUUCAUAUGCAAGUUCUGCAGCAGGCAGUUUACCAAAAGCUAUAAUUUGUUGAUACACGAGCGCACCCACACCGAUGAGAGACCCUAUUCUUGCGACAUCUGCGGCAAGGCGUUCAGGAGACAGGAUCACCUCAGGGAUCAUAGGUAUAUUCAUAGUAAAGAAAAACCCUUCAAAUGUACGGAAUGUGGUAAAGGCUUUUGUCAGUCUCGAACAUUAGCUGUCCAUAAAAUCCUCCACAUGGAAGAGUCCCCACACAAAUGUCCUGUCUGCAGCAGGUCAUUCAAUCAACGUUCGAAUCUGAAGACACAUCUGCUCACUCACACGGACAUCAAACCUUACAACUGUUCGGCUUGUGGGAAGGUGUUUCGAAGGAACUGUGAUCUGAGGAGGCAUAGCUUGACCCAUAAUCUGGGCACGAGCUCUGCAGCGACCAUGACUAAUGUCACCCAUCAAAACUUCAGUAUAGACUCGAUUAUGAGCAAGGACAAAAAGUGACAAGGGCGGGGUAGUUCUUGAUUGUUGUGUUUUAUUUGUUGUAAAUAUUGUUCUGUAAAUUAAUUUAGCUUGUAAUAAAAUUCUUGACGAUGA